UAUGAAGCAAACACGGGGGCGCUCUACUCCAGAAAGGUCACCAUGGACGGGGAGGAAGUGUCGCUUCAGAUCCAGGAUACUCCCUGCGUCGCUCUCCAGGACGACGUAGAGGGGCUGUACUGUCAGGAGCAGAUCAACAGGUCGAUCUACUGGGCCGACGGUUACGUGCUGGUUUUCUCCAUCACGGACCACAACAGCUUCCGAACCAUCCAGCCUCUCUACCAGCACGUCAGACGCAUCCACCCGUCUGGAAACAUCCCUGUUAUACUGGUUGGCAACAAGAGCGACCUGCUCCGCGCCCGACAAGUGCCUGCGGACGAGGGCGAGACGUUGGCAGCUUCAUUAGGUGGAGUUUACUUCGAGGCCUCGGCCAGAGAGAACCACGAAGGAGUCCACGGCGCCUUCCUCCAUCUCUGCCAGGAGGUGAUCCGAGCUUUGGGAGGAGGUAACGGCGAGAAGAGGCGAGGCGGCCUCCACCUGGCCCGCCCCAAAUCUCCCAACAUGCAGGAGCUGAAGAGGAGGUUCAGGCAGGUCCUCUCCUCCAAGGUCAAGUCGGCCACAACUCUCUGAUCACAGCGGGACAAAUAAUCAAAAAACAUCAGCUCCUGACAGAGACAGAGACAGACAGAGCUUCAUCGGAAGAUAGAAGUCGUGGAUUUUUCUCUGAAGAAGAAUUACGAGACUUCAGAAGAGCACAAAGUCGUCGUCUGCGGAGAGAUGAAUAAAAACAAAGGUUGGAUCUUCACGGCAGCUGAGCUCGUCUCUGUGUUUCGACGAGAGUCACAAGAGCUGACGAUCAGUUUGACGUGAUGGAUAUCGAGCUUGUCGGCAAACCUCUGAACACAUGGAGGAGCAAAAUCCUCCGAACACUGAUGUCUCCGUGUCUCAGUUUCCUUGUGGCUGAAAAGUGAAUUGAAUACAUCAAAUCAAUAAAGAAUUAUUGAUUUCAACCGAUCGGUUUUCAAGGAAAUAGCAGACGUUGUAAAAGACUUUAUUUCAGGCUCAUUUAUAUUUUUAUGUUGUUUUUUAAUUGAGAAUUUUUUUGUCUUUCUUUAUAGAAAUAAAUGAUACUCACCA